GUGGGCCAAUGACCGGUCAGCUGAGCUCGCCGACGCGCGCGCUCGGUGGAUAGCUCACACGCUUGCUGUGCUCCUCCCGGCCGGCGCCGAUCGGAGCACCCACCGCGGCCGCUGCGUGCGUGCAUAUAGCUGUGGGUGAGCAACGCGAGCCUCGCCGCUUUCCUUUCCCCCCCUCCUCCUCACCACACCUAUAAAAAUCACGCCCUCCUUCAUGCCUUCGCAUCACCCACACCGCCGGCAAACCAUUACCUACACGAGGCAUUCUCCAGAACAUUACUAAUCGCGUCUGCGAAGGCGAUGGCAAUGAGCACGGCCCAGACGAUGCACCCGCGCGCUGUGGCGGCGCUUUGGGCUCUGCUGGUGCUGCUGCUGCUGGGUGGGGCGGCGCCCAUGCGAGGCGUGGUGGUGGCUCAGCCGUCCCCCAACCCCAGCUGCGGAGCGCAGCUGAGCCAGCUCGGGCCGUGCGCGCGGUACAGCGUGCCGCCGAUGCCCGGGCAGGCGCUGCCCGCGCCGGGGCCCGAGUGCUGCUCCGCGCUGGGCUCCGUCUCCCGCGACUGCGCCUGCGGCGCCAUCGACAUCAUCAACAGCCUCCCCGCCAAGUGCGGCCUCCCGCGCAUCUCCUGCCAGUGAUAGAUUGAUGACGCGGCGAGCUUCUGUUGAAGGCGGGGGCGGGCUUUUCAUGCAACGAGAAGAAUCGAUCAAGAUGAUGAAUAAGAUGUUUGAUGGUCUAAGCAGCAGCAGCAGCAGCAACCAUCAUCGAGUAGUGUCUGUGUCCUGCGUGGCUUACGUGCUGUGUCUGUCGGUCCUCUGGUUUUCGUUUUCCCUUUUGAUCAGUCGAGCCUGUCCUGUUUUACUGUCCUAAAUGAUAAAGCUCUUAUUCAGCAUUGAAA